GCGGGGCCAGAGGGGGCGGCGCUGCCGGCGCGGCCCGGAACACGCUAGUGGAGCGGAAGAUGGCGGCGGUAGCGGCGGCUGCAGCUGGGACCCCUCUUAGGCUUAGGUGGAGGAGCCGCCGGCUCUGACCUCGCUCUGGCUCCUGUGCGAGCGGCGGAGCGUGUGCGAGGCCCCGCGCGUCGGGCAAGGGCGGCGGUGGCCACUGCGCGCCGCCUGGAGGAACGUCCCGGCGGCGGCGGCGCCGCGGCUGCUGCUGAGGCGAGAACCGGCUCCGGGCCUCCGCGUUCUCCUGCUCCCCGGGCCCCCCGCCUCCUCGGGGGGGCGGCGGCGGCGAUGUUCUCUGUCCUCUCAUACGGGCGGCUGGUGGCCCGCGCCGUGCUCGGCGGGCUUUCGCAGACCGACCCCAGGGCCGGCGGCAGCAGCGGCGGCGGCGGCGGUGACUACGGACUGGUGACGGCUGGCUGCGGUUUCGGCAAGGACUUCCGUAAGGGCCUCCUCAAGAAGGGCGCGUGCUAUGGGGACGACGCGUGCUUCGUGGCCCGGCACCGCUCCGCCGACGUGCUCGGGGUGGCAGAUGGUGUAGGAGGAUGGAGAGACUAUGGAGUUGACCCGUCUCAGUUCUCAGGGACUUUAAUGCGGACAUGUGAACGCUUAGUAAAAGAAGGACGGUUCGUACCAAGUAAUCCCAUUGGAAUUCUUACCACAAGCUACUGUGAGUUGCUGCAAAAUAAAGUACCUUUGCUUGGUAGUAGCACUGCUUGCAUCGUGGUGCUGGACAGAACGAGCCACCGCUUGCACACAGCGAACCUGGGUGAUUCGGGCUUUCUGGUGGUCAGGGGUGGUGAAGUUGUGCACCGAUCAGAUGAGCAGCAGCAUUACUUCAACACUCCGUUCCAGCUCUCGAUCGCGCCCCCGGAAGCCGAGGGAGUCGUAUUGAGUGACAGCCCAGACGCUGCGGAUAGCACCUCUUUCGAUGUCCAGUUAGGAGACAUUAUCCUGACGGCGACAGAUGGACUCUUUGACAACAUGCCUGAUUAUAUGAUCCUGCAGGAGCUAAAAAAGUUAAAGAAUUCAAAUUAUGAGAGUAUACAGCAGACUGCAAGAAGCAUUGCUGAGCAAGCUCAUGAGCUGGCCUAUGACCCGAAUUAUAUGUCACCUUUUGCACAGUUUGCUUGUGACAACGGAUUGAAUGUGAGAGGUGGAAAGCCAGACGACAUCACUGUCCUUCUCUCGAUAGUGGCGGAGUAUACAGACUGACUUGCCCAGCUCCGACUCCUGCCUUCCCUCUUCUUCCCCGGUGUUCCUGCCACGUGUGCUGAUCCUGCUGGCAGGACCACGUUUUGUUGCCACUGAUCUCAAUGGCCAGUGAUGUAAGCCUUUGCCUGUCUUUUUGAGACCCGUUGAGAUCUUUGUUGAGAACCACUACUAUCAUUCACUAGCUUGUAUCUGCCAGCAACAACUGAAGAGGUACAAGAUUUGAAGAUUGGCCUUCAUUUCUCAUGGAGAUUUUCAAAGCCUAUUACUUUUCAAAGGCUAUUACUUUUCAAAAGCGGUUGAAGUACUGAAAAUGAGUAAUGUUGGUAAAGUGAAUUCAAAGUUACAGUGUGUUAAAGGGAUUUUAAAAGUCUAACAAAUAGUAUGUAAUGAUACAUCUACUAAAAACAUACAUCAUUCAUCAAAGAAACAUUCACACAUACUCCACAGGCGUUGUCUUUGUUACAAUGAUUGGAUGUGGCAUUAAGUUUUCAGUAUAAACUCCUAUUUUCCAGGAGUUUAUAAUUCUGCUCUAAAACUGCUCUGGGUUAUGAAACUUUGAUCCCCAGAGAUUUUUAGUUACAAAUUGGAAUAAAAGUUAAUUUUAGUUUUAUGGACACCAAUAUUCUGUGCUUUUAAAAAGAUGCUUGUGUUCCUGUGAUUAAAGUUGAGCAGUUUAUUGAUGAGUCCACCUCACAAGCUAGUGGCCUGAUCUAGAGAGGCUGAGGAAGGAGACACCUUACCAAAAAUUUUUAAUGGAAAUAGUACUCAAGGUUACAAAAAACUCCUCAGAGCCGAGAAUUUACCUUUAUGGCUGAAGUUUUUCCCUGCUGUCUGAAAGGAUGCCCUGGAUGGGAUCUCUAGGCCCCGCUGGCCUAGCAAGUUGAGGACAGACAGCUGUAGCUGCCACAUUCACUGGCUUUGACAGUUGCUGCCCAUCAUGUGCCGUGAGGCCUGCCCCGAGGAGCCGGGCUUCCCUAGAGAAUGCCCAGACCCACUGCAGCGCCUGGCAAGCGCACCGUGUGCCGUGGCUGCCGUACAGAGCCCAUGAGGAAAACUAGUGACGCUCGACACUGCGGUUCCCCCAGACAGAAAUGCAGGGGUUUUUGAAUCAAGCUUAAUGUUUACAGUUUCCGAAUAGCCAUUUGCAGUGUAUAGUUUCCUUAAAAACUACCCCGCAUUCAGUUUCCCAUUACCUGCAAGCUCAAACUUAUUUUUAAGGUUUGUGUACAAGUUGACUGCUGUAAAGAUAUAUAUUUUUGGGUCCGUUUUUUCCUUCAUUAACUUGGUGGUAGAAAAAAAAAAAAAAAAAAAUUGAAUUCGAGUCCAAAUACUUAGAAACCCUUAAAUUAAAGCCAUGUUUUCUAUGAGUCAGGUAAUGUUGGUGUAUAGAUGAGAAUGCAGUGAAACCUGAAGAGCAUCUACUUGAGGAGAACACAGAAAAGUCUUUUCUCUAAAGGAGAUACUGACUCCCUGGUUUAUUGCAUUAAAACUUAUGUUUGAGGUUACCUCAACUUGUUUUAAAAGAUUUUGUUUUGUGAAAUUGUACUGUAUAUUUGAGUAACUGUCGAGCUUUUGUUUUAUUUAAAAUUGUUUAACAUGUACCAUGUACAUGUCAUUACUAUAUUUCAAUGCAUCAUGCUUGUAACAGGCAUUUCAUUUAUAAUAAGAAUGAGUUAUUCAUUUGUAAGCUGUUCAGUAAUUUAUCUACUAUUCCUAAAUUGGCAUAAUGUUAGGUACCUAUUUUGAAUCACCUUGAAGUUCAUGUCAGAAUGCCUUAACACCCUAACUUGACGAAAUGGAAAUCUUUGGUAGAUGAGAUGGAGGGGUGGAGUGGGGGAGACUAUUUCAGUAAGGAGAAAUCAUCAUGCUCUGAUCAAACACAAAGCGUGAGUGGCAAGUGGUGGGGUAUUUAUUUUACACAAACUAUUUGCAGUCUCUGUGUAUUUAAAACAUAAAGAAAGUUGCAUCCAGAAAGGGUUUUUGUUAAAAGGAAAAUACAUUUAUGUGAGGACUGAUGACUUCAACUCUAGAUUUGUAAUUAUUUUUGGUCUGAGAUACAUAGCCUUACGAUCUGGAUAGAUUUUGUAUUAGUUUUCCAACAUUUGCAUUUAAUUCCUGGUAAGAGCAGUGCUGGUCGAGUUACUGGCUUUGCUCCACUCUCAUUUCACCCAUCAAAGCAUCCUUGUGACGUGAAGCCAGAUCGGUGGUGUCUUACACACUCAUUUCUCACUUUUUGAGAAAUCAUUGUGGCUGUUUCAGUGGCACUGAAAAUAAUGGGACAAGAACUGAGUUUCACAGUGGAAUGGCCUUUCGACCAGGCCUCCUAUAGGUUAGUGACAUUUUCUGGGUUGUUUUGUUUUCCCGUCUUUUUUGUUAUACGUUUAAUUUUAUAACUGCCAGGAGACAGGCAGAGUGCUGCUUAGCAAGUACCUCUUCUCGGUGUCAGAGGAGGUGUUGGGCCCAGGGUAGAACUUUCCAAGUCGCAUGGCCAAGCUUCUGGGUGUGGCUGAGCUCUGUCACUUGGUGGGUCUGGUUCUGAACCUAAUGUGUGUGUAUGUGUGUGUGUUAAUUGUAUUUUAAAUCAAGCAGUGUAAACACACAUUUGGCUCAUGUAAUGAAGUUUUUAUAACAAAAGAGAAAAUUUGGAUUUCUAAUUUACAAAUAGCAAAUUAUCCCUCUCUGGAUGCACCAAAGACCAGUAAAGUUUAUAGCUUUUCCAUCUAUAUUUAUAAAGCAAUACUGUAUUAUAAAAUCAAUAUUUUUAUCACACGCUUGAAAUUUUUAUUUUGUUCUGUUUUAAAAUUUGCACUCUAAACAUAUCAGAACCUUAUUUCUUCCUAUGAACUUAAGCUGCCUGCGCACAAAAGGAAUUUACCAAAUGGAGAUAAAGUACAUCAAGUCCAUAGGCUCUUACAACCCGAGAGAAGGAAGGAGGGGGACAGUUAUUCAUCCAGACUUACUGCACUGUUCUCAUGUGACGUGGCUGAUGGGCGCUGACUCACAGAUCCAUUCCAGGCGUGCGUGUGUGUCGGGGGCGGGCGGCACCUAGGUAGAGACUCAGACCCCAGCGAGCUUUGUGUGCUGGGACACACCUCUCCUGUCAGCUGCGCAUAUUCUAGACAGAGUGGCCCGCAGAUGGACGUCACCUUCGGUACCACCAACCUACUACAUCAAGUAACAAGGCAGGAAUUGUGAGAAUUUACUGAGUCUGUUUUGAGUGUUUUGGAAUGGUCGACAAGAUUGGCUAGAACUGUAAAUGUUUGUACUUUUCGGAUAUAUUCAUGGUUCCUUGUCACCUUAUGCCAGCUAUCUCUGAUAGAAGCUACAGCAUUCAGUUUCUCUAGGAACUGAGUCACAUUCUUGCGUUUAGCAAAUUUUACCAUGCCAAAAAAUAUCUGCUUGUAAAACAAAACCUGAAACAGAAAACAUUUGGAUUGUAUUAGUUUUUACAAAUUUGUUGCAAAAUUGAACUUCUCAAUUAAAAAUGGUAUCCAUGUCAAAAUUUGUUAGCAGGUAGUUUGUGACAAAGAAGGCUAAAUAAUGAAGCAUUUGAAUCUGUGUAUACUAAUGAGCUGCUUUUUUCUGUUGAGACUAUCAUUAUUUGUCUUACCCAAGAGGCAGUUACCUGAAUUGGAUGUCAGAAAUAUAACUUAUGCAGGAAUAGUUCUGUAUAUACAUUUAAAUAAACUGUAAAGGUAUUUAAUAAAUAUAGUAUUUAUACUACUC